UUUGCUUUAUACCAAAAUAAUGAAAGUGUAAACAGCGGAAAACGCGUUCACGUGCAGUUUGUCCCUCUGGACGCCUCUUACUCGAGCCCUGUUUGGGCUUCCUUGGCAACGGAGCUGUUGCUGUGUCGCUAUUGCGAGAGAGCGGACUGAUGUGCGGCUUCACGUUUUCCUGGCAGCUUAUUUCCAGACUGAACUGCAUAAAAACUGACAGUGCAUUUUCACGCCUUUGCGAGCUAAAUCGUUCGAUUCCAGACAGGUGUGUAAAAGAAUGGAUAUUUAAAACAUUUAGCAAUCAUUUACUACCAAUAACGCUAUUCUUUCAAGUCAACAAGCCGCCACGAUUUGUGUCCGGUCUUCUGGGGCCACAGCCAAGUUAGUGCAUGCGCAAAUGUGAACUGGAAAGCUGCUGUCCAACAGAGGUACCAGCUGGGAAAGCGGUGCCAUGGUGGUGGUCAACAUCGCUGUCAGCAUCAUAGAUGUGAGGGAAGGUCCUGACACGAUGUAGUUCUGCUGGUGACUCGCUCGAUCCCUUUAUUGUUCUCGUAUUCUGUAACCGUGGAGUUUUCAUAGUCGUAUGCCAGAUUUCGGUUGUCUUUCAACAGACUUGAAGAAGAACUAUCUAGACGAUCACUGCCGACUCGCAUCCAUCCUUAACGUCUAGAGAAGAUGGCAAAAGGAGCCAAGAAGAAGAAACAGGACAAAAGCCCAGAGGUACCACUCGGCAAAGCUCUGGACAGCAGCGUCAGCGUGACGUCGGAGUCGGGGCUCCCGCUGACGCCGUCCGUCCCAGAGGAGGAGGAGCCUGCGGUCGGCCCUGCAGAGUCCCCGCCAGAUGUUGUGCCGCCUCCGGUAGAACCGCCACGGGAGCUCUCGGAGGAACCCCUUCUCUCCCAGCUCAUCGUGGAGCGCUACGAUGGCGGGAUAUCACGUGGACUGUAUGAGGGGGAAGGAACGGCCUGGUUCCAGGGUGGCCACACAUACCAGGGGACGUUAGCUGGGGGUCUGAUGCACGGAAGAGGCUCCUUCACCUGGAGUGAUGGGACAAAAUAUGAGGGUGACUUUGUGAUGAACGUCCCGAUGGGACAGGGUAUCUACAGCUGGCUGGACGGCAGUAUCUACGAUGGGGAGGUGAAGGAUGGAAUGCGCCACGGACUGGGGACGUACACUGGGGGCAUAAAGCCAGUCUCAUACAUCGGCAAUUGGGUUUGUGGCAAACGGCACGGAAAGGGCACCAUGUACUAUAACCGUGAGAAGACCUCUUGGUACCAAGGAGACUGGGUGAACAACAUCAAGGAGGGCUGGGGCACCAGACGGUAUCAGUCUGGAAGCAUCUAUGAAGGACAAUGGCAAAACAAUGUGCGCCAUGGGGAGGGGACGAUGAAGUGGCUGGCAACGCAUGACCAGUAUAGUGGGCAGUGGGACAACGGCAUCCAGCACGGCCAGGGGACUCACAUGUGGUUCUUGGUGCGGACGCCUGACUCCUUGUACCCAAUGCGGAAUGCGUACGUGGGCGAGUUUGUGCAAGGCCUUCGGCACGGCUUCGGCAAGUUCUACUACGCCAACGGGACGCUCUACGACGGGGAGUGGCGUUACAACAAAAAGCACGGCCAGGGAAAAUUUGUCUUCAAAAAUGGCCGACUAUUUGAGGGUGAAUUUGUUGAAGACCGCAUGCUUGAAUUCCCCAACUUUUCUAUCGAUGGGAUAAACACCCCGGAUAUCAGUGGCAUACGCACCAGAUCACCAGUAGAAGAUGGUGAAAAUGUAUUGGGGUCCUCAUUGAUGCUUUCAGAGAAAGCCACCCAGAAAACGCCAAGGAUAAUGGACAGGCCCUCGCUCCUGGGGUCCGACAUUGCUUUGGAGAUAUCUGGGCUGCUCAAAGCCCUGCCUGAUGACAGAUUGGGAGAGGAGAUGAAACAGGUUGAGUUUGCUGUUCUGAGGCACAUCACAGACCUGCGGCAGAUCUACGGCGUCUACAGCAGGCUGGGCUACGAACAUUCCCCGGAUAACACCUUCCUGCUGAUCAGGCUGCAGUUCUGGAGGUUCCUCAAAGACUGUGGGAUCCACCGCCUGGGCUUGACUGUUCAGGAGCUCGACAGGCUACUCUAUGAUGACCAGACAGUGGACGAGACGCAUUCGCCCUUUGAUCCCAUGCUGUUUAGGACGUUUCUGAGCCACAUAGUGGUGUUGGCUUACCACCUCCAUCACAAAGUAGUCAGCGGUCCCAGUGCCGUUUUAGCUUCCUGUUUCUCUAAACUAAUGGAGGACAACGUCCUUCCGAAAGCAAAGCAUGUAGAAGGCAGCUUUUUUAAAAAUCACCAGCACACCGUCAUUGCUGUCAACUACAUUGAAAAGUGCUGGGAGAUCUACAGGGCCUGGUGUGAGCAGAGCUCCACGACGUGGAGGAAGGACUCCAUACGCAUCAGGGACUUCAUGUGGCUGCUCAGGGACCUCGAUUUAUUCACACCAGAGCUGACGCCCAAGAGAUUUGUGGAAAUCAUCGUUGAAGACAUCCCCAGCGUUUAUAAUGGAGAGUACAGCAAUCUGGAGGCUGAGGUCACUUUUCUGGGAUUCUUCGAGACUUUGCUGGUGUGCGCCGAGGUCCGCGCUCCGAGCACUGGAAAGCUGGAGGCACUCGGGAGUGCUGGCAGCAGUAUGACGACCGCAGUCACCACAGAGGAGAAAACCUGCGAGGGGCCGGAGCCCCCCGAAACUGGCCAUAGCAUCCUGAGCGAGCAGGUAUUCGGGUCCCGUCUGCCUAGUGCUUCUACACCUGAAAAAACUGCCGGUACUCAUCCACAUGUCCGAUCGUCCAGGAGAGAGAAAAUGGAGUCCAACGAACGCCGGAGCAGCGGAUGCCAGUCUGCUUCUGUGGGCACAGAGUCUGCCAGUGGCCAACCGGAAGACAGAGGUGCUGACGUCCUGGUGCAGUCGAUGCCCGCACUGGGGGAAGGCCAGGCGCCUGAGGUCCCGUGUCCGAGUACAGCUGAAGAGACCUCAGAGACGCAGGAGAGCGAGUUGGACUGCUGGUAUCGUCAGACCUACGACUUCUUUAUUAAGAAGCUCUUCCCAACUUUCGACUACUUCCAGCUUCUAAAACGGGAGGCGGAGGAGAGCCGGUUAAGGCAGGAGGCCCUCGAUAGGAUAGCCGAGGAAAAAGCAGAGAUGGAAGCACGUGAGAAAGCGCUGAAGGAGGCGGAGGAAGCGGCGGCGGCAGCAGAGGAGGAGGAAGAGGCGGCAAUGGCGGCGGUAGCCACCGAAGAGGAGGAGAAGCAAAAUCUCAGUCAGGAGGCGGCGGAAGAAUCCACUCAGGACACUCAAGCCCCCGUCUCCGAGGUCCCUGAAGAGGCACUCAAGUCCAAUUCAGACACCAUUAAAGAAGGCGACUCGAGCGGCAGCUCGUCAUUCACCCACACCAAGAGCCCACCUGGUGGGAAGAAAAAGAAAAAAUAAGCGGCGGCUCUGCGCAGCAGGACUACAAGCCAAACCUGUCUGUGGCGAACAACUGCACGAAAAAAAAGAGGGUCCAUAUUUUAUAUAAAAGUGAGGGCUUGUCAGUCUGUCCAUCCAUCUUGACGUGAUCAGAAACCUCUGAAGACUGUCAGCCUUUCACUAACACUGCAGUUUAGGACUGUAUUUUGUGAGGGUGGGACUGGGGGGCCAUCAUGGCUUAGAAGUUUAUUUUUUAUAUAUAUAUAUAUAUAUAUGGGUGGGGGGUUAAAAGAAUAAAGUGCUUUGGUGGCUGACCAUUUUAUUUAACUGUGACACAUGGCAGAGGAGAGCGGCCGCGGGCAGAAAUGCAACCUUGAAACAGCCGGAGUACGUCAGUACUGGAGGAUUUGUGGUUUUAUUUUCAGCCCACCUUCCACCUCCUUUGUUUGCCAUGUGUUGCCAUUAUGAUAACCAAUCAAAAGCGGCCAACCUGAAUCGACCUGUAAAUGUGGUACGCCAUUAAAAAAACAGACAAAAAAAAAAA